GGCCGUGUCCACUGAAGCCGAGUUGUGGAUUGAGUGUGUGGAAGGGGCCUAAGGAGAGCGCGCGCGUGGGGGGCUUGCGCCCGUUCACAUUCAGCCGGUCGGGCAAGAGAAAGGGGAGCCCCGUCUGUUCGGAGCUUCUCGCCUCAGCCGCUUCAGUGCAGACUUUCCUCGGCAGCCGUAGGAGGAGACGUCCCGCCAGUUCUAGCAAGGCGCUCCCAGCCAAGUCGUGCAUAAUCGCCGUCGCCCUGGGCAGAGAACUUCGGCCCGUCUCUGCCCCGCAGAAUAUCGACCCGCCUGAAAAGCCCUCGUUUCUCCUGAGGGCAAGCAGCGUUCCGCUUAAUAGGGCAGCCGUGCCUACUUGUUGGACCUCAAGACGAAAGCGUCGCCUGUACUUGAAGGACUGCAGACCCUGCCUCAGAGCAAGCUUCCUCCCUGACCCUCAUAUUUCCGCUGGAGAGACCCUGGAGCUGCCCUUCCCUCCACCCCAAUUGUAGCUUAAGCUUCAGUAUCCCCAAUCUUAUUCUACUCUCCUUUUCAGCAACAUAGCUUUUGUAAACAGGAGCCUCUCAUCCUGCUAUGGACAGUACUCCCAUUCUGGAUAGCUUCGAUCAUCUGCCAGUGUUACUCUAGCUCUAGACCUUUACAGAAGCCUUGGCAGUAGCCAUGUUUCCUACUUAAGACAGGUGUUUACCAGCAGGUUAAGCCAAGAGGGCUGUGCGUGUUGUUGUUGGCGUUCCCUCCUGCAUAAAGGGAACAGCAGCAAUAACCAGUCUUUGUUAUAAAGGCUGUAGUAUUAAACCUAGCUAGAUACCCUUACGAUUAGCCUGAGAGGCUUAGCAGCAGACAUACAUCCUAACUUGGUCCAGAUUCUCUCUCCUCAAUUGAGCCAAGAAGAUUGCUUAUUAGUUAUUGUCCUUUUCUCCAGAUAUCAGAUGCAACAAUAACCUGUUUAUUCUGGAAGCAUAUCCUCGGGUCAAUCACGUACCUCCAGAAGCUGCUAUCUCUUCCAAGACAGAGAUCUCUUUUUGCACUACCCAGUGAAAGGCCCACAGAACUUCUAUCCACAGAUAGAGUUCCAACAACUGCCAUCCAUUAAUCUAGAUAGAAGCUCUCUUUCUAGAUAUGAUUCCCUUCCUCAUAAACUGUCUAUAAGAUGCACCGCAGGCAUUGAGCAUAAUAUGCAAAUAUCCUAGUUUAAGAGAUCAGUAUUAGUAGCUUUCAGAUUUAGAGAAACUCUAAAUAUCUCCUUCAUUCUGUUAUAUUUACAUUCUGAAGACUGCACUAUUUUUUAAUGGGUAAUGCUGCCUCUUUGGAUAUCUCUUUGGGGUAUUCCAAGAUUUACUGGUGAAAGAUCUUUAAUGAGAAGGAACUUGCCAAGAAAGGAAGAAUUAAAAAUACCUUUGAAAAGUUUCCUAAUGAGGAUGGUGGUGAUGAUGUGUGUCUGAUUUUUAUGAAGAUUCAGUGCUGCUAUUCAUGAUGAACAGGAAGAAAAGCGACAAGGGAUUUGAGAGCCCAAGACCUUAUAAAUUAACCCACCAGGUGGUCUGUAUCAACAAUAUAAAUUUCCAGAGAAAAUCUGUUGUUGGUUAUGUAGAGCUGACGAUAUUUCCCACAGUUGCAAACCUGAAUAGAAUCAAGCUGAACAGUAAACAAUGCAGGAUAUACAGAGUGAGAGUCAAUGAUCUGGAAGCAGCUUUUAUUUAUAACGAUCCCACACUGGAAGUUUGUCACCAUGAGUCAAAACAGAGAAAUCUCAACUACUUUUCCAAUGCAUAUGCUGCUGCAGUCAGCGCUGUGGACCCAGAUGCUGGAAAUGGAGAGCUGUGUAUUAAAGUGCCAUCAGAGCUUUGGAAACAUGUUGAUGAAUUAAAAGUCUUAAAAGUACAUAUCAACUUUUCUCUGGACCAGCCAAAAGGAGGCCUUAAUUUUGUGGUACCUAAUGUGGAAGGCAGCUUGGCAGAGAGAGGAGCACAUGUCUUCUCCUGUGGAUAUCAGAAUUCUACAAGGUUUUGGUUUCCUUGUGUUGAUUCAUAUUCCGAACUAUGUACAUGGAAACUGGAGUAUACAGUUGAUGCCACGAUGGUGGCUGUCUCCAAUGGAGACUUAGUGGAAACAGUGUAUACUCACGAUAUGAGAAAAAAGACCUUCCAUUACAUGCUGGCAAUUCCGACUGCAGCGUCUAACAUCUCAUUGGCUAUUGGACCAUUUGAAAUUCUUGUUGAUCCAUACAUGCAUGAGGUGACUCAUUUUUGUUUGCCGCAGCUUCUCCCACUGCUCAAACAUACUACAUCAUAUCUCCAUGAAGUGUUUGAAUUCUAUGAAGAGAUACUUACCUGUCGCUACCCUUACUCCUGUUUCAAAACGGUUUUUGUAGAUGAGGCUUAUGUUGAAGUAGCUGCUUAUGCUUCUAUGAGCAUUUUUAGCACAAACCUUUUGCACAGUGCAAUGAUAAUAGAUGAGACCCCACUGACCAGGAGGUGUUUGGCUCAGGCUCUGGCACAGCAGUUCUUUGGCUGUUUUAUAUCUAGAAUGUCUUGGUCAGAUGAGUGGGUGUUGAAGGGAAUCUCUGGCUAUAUUUAUGGUCUUUGGAUGAAGAAAACCUUUGGUGUAAAUGAGUAUCGUCACUGGAUCAAGGAGGAACUAGACAAAAUAGUGGUGUAUGAACUGAAGACUGGUGGAGUCUUACUGCAUCCAAUCUUUGGUGGAGGAAAGGAAAAAGACAAUCCUGCAUCACAUCUGCAUUUUUCUAUAAAACAUCCUCACACAUUAUCUUGGGAGUACUACACAAUGUUUCAGUGCAAAGCCCACCUAGUCAUGAGAUUGAUAGAAAACAGAAUAAGCAUGGAGUUCAUGUUACAAGUUUUCAACAAGCUCUUAAGUCUGGCCAGCACUGCCUCAUCCCAGAAGUUCCAGUCUCAUAUGUGGAGUCAGAUGCUGGUUUCCACAUCUGGGUUUUUGAAAUCUAUUUCCAAUGUGUCUGGCAAAGAUAUCCAGCCGUUAAUAAAGCAAUGGGUAGAUCAGAAUAGUGUGGUAAAAUUUUAUGGCAGUUUUGCAUUCAAUAGAAAACGAAAUGUACUGGAGUUAGAGAUAAAGCAAGACUAUACAUCUCCCGGAACACAGAAAUAUGUGGGCCCUCUCAAAGUGACGGUACAAGAGCUUGAUGGAUCCUUCAACCACACACUUCAGAUAGAAGAAAACAGCCUUAAACAUGACAUACCCUGUCACUCAAAGAGCAGACGAAAUAAGAAGAAAAAGAUACCUUUAAUGAAUGGAGAGGAAGUGGACAUGGAUCUUUCUGCUAUGGAUGCUGAUUCCCCCUUGCUCUGGAUAAGAAUAGAUCCUGAUAUGUCCGUAUUAAGGAAGGUAGAAUUCGAACAGGCUGACUUCAUGUGGCAAUAUCAGCUUCGAUACGAAAGAGAUGUGGUUGCUCAGGAGGAAUCCAUUUUGGCGCUCCAGAAGUUCCCUACUCCGGCGUCACGGCUUGCGCUGACUGACAUACUCGAACAAGAGCAGUGUUUCUACCGAGUGAGGAUAAUGGCAUGCUUUUGUCUUGCAAAGAUUGCAAAUUUCAUGGUGAGUACAUGGACAGGACCACCAGCCAUGAAGUCUCUCUUCACCCGAAUGUUCUGUUGUAAAAGUUGCCCAAACAUUGUGAAAACCAAUAACUUCAUGAACUUUCAGAGCUACUUUCUGCAGAAGACAAUGCCUGUUGCGAUGGCCUUACUGAGAGAUGUUCAUAAUCUGUGUCCUAAAGAAGUUUUAACAUUCAUUUUGGACCUAAUCAAGUACAACGACAAUAGAAAAAACAAGUUUUCAGACAACUAUUACCGCGCUGAACUAAUAGAUGCGUUAACAAACUCUGUAACUCCUGCCGUCAGUGUGAACAAUGAAGCCCGGACACUGGACAAUUUAAACCCUGAUGUCCGCCUUAUUCUUGAGGAAAUUACCAGGUUCUUAAACAUGGAAAAGCUGCUACCCAGUUAUAGGCACACCAUUACGGUCAGCUGCUUGAAUGCCAUUCGCAUACUGCAGAAGAAUGGGCACGUCCCAAGCGAUCCUGCUGUCUUUAAGUCCUAUGCGGAAUACGGGCACUUUGUGGAUAUCCGAAUAGCAGCUUUGGAAGCGGUUGUUGACUACACAAAAGUUGACCGAAGCUACGAGGAGCUACAGUGGCUACUUAAUAUGGUCCAGAAUGACCCUGUGCCCUAUGUCAGGCAUAAGAUAUUGAAUAUGUUAACAAAGAAUCCGCCAUUUACCAAGAAUAUGGAAUCUCCUUUGUGCAAUGAAGCUCUAGUGGAUCAGCUCUGGAAACUUAUGAAUUCAGGUACAUCCCACGACUGGAGGCUGCGGUGCGGUGCUGUCGACCUGUACUUCACGCUGUUUGGUCUCAGCAGGCCUUCUUGUUUGCCCCUGCCAGAGCUUGGGUUGGUCCUUAACCUAAAGGAAAAGAAAGCAGUGCUGAAUCCUACCAUCAUCCCCGAGGCGGGGGCAACUGGUCCGGAACCUCCUAACAAUCCAAACAAUCUGGGUCAAAUAGUUGGCUUCCAAAGCAUUGAGGAUGAUCAUCUUAUUAAGGAAACAGCAGUCAUCCCCCUUCCUCAUCAGCAGGGGUUGAAGCGGAAGGCUGACACACCCCUUGGAUCCCCACUGGAACCAGGCCAGAUACUUGAGAAGACUGAAGACAGCAAAGUCAAACUCAAAAUAAGAUUUUCAAACUCUCAAGAGGAAGAAGAGAUUGAUAUGGACACUGUUCAUGAUAGUCAAGCUUUUAUCUACCAUCAUUUGAACAUGCUGGAAAGACCGUCAACACCAGGUAAAGAGCAAUCUUCGUUGGAGUUGUUGAACCUCUUGCCGAUGCCCGUGCCUCCACUGCCUGGUUUUACUAAAGAGUCCAGCUCCUCCAAGCACAGUGAGCACCAUCACCACCACCAUCACGAGCACAAGAAGAAGAAGAAGAAACACAAACACAAGCAUAAGCACAAGCACAAACACGACAGCAAGGAGAAAGAGAAGGAGCCUUUCACCUUCUCCAACAGCCCUGCCAGCGGACGGUCCAUUCGCUCGCCUUCGCUGUCGGACUGAAGCAAACAGCUGCAGAGUUGAUAGAGCAUUUGGAAGCAGCGUGCCUCUUCCCAUUUUUCUAGAGCAAAGCGCGAAUCGCUGCAGCGGUUCAGAAUUUAUGUCAAGAUCUAAAUUCCACGUUUCUGUUCUGUUGGCCAACUUGCAAUGAUCAAGUUCCAGGGGGUGGGGGAGAGAAUGGCUUUAGGGGUUCAGAGACAAUUUCUGUGACAGUAUUCUCCAUCCAUCCUCCUUUAUAGUUUCCUUUCAAAGAGAGAAGCAACUCUUAUUUAUGUGUGCGUCCUAAAUCCACGGCCCAACAGGGUGUCCUGCCAAAAUGAAUUAUGUUUUAAACUUUUGAUGCCUGUCGUGAAGUGUGUGUUAAGCAGAAGCUGACUGCCAAGCCUUCUGGAAAAGCUGCCGUCCUUUGUACAGCGUUGUAUAACAUAUUGUAGACUUCCUGAGGCCUUUGUAGAAUUCGCUCACCAUUGCAGGUGUCACAGCAUUUUUUAAGGCUUCGAAUGGUUGCAUAACCAAAGUAAUACCUCUUUUUUUUUUAAUUUUAAGAUGCUGAUUUUUAAAAAACAAUUAUGAGCAUAACCCAUUUCAGUAGAGCUGUGCUUGUUUGUAUAACUUUUUUGUUCGCAAAAGAAGAAAAAGAAAAAUACUACUGUGUGUGCUGUCCCCUGUAAUCAGACUCAUAACAGUAUAAUGAAGUUUGAGCCAAAAACAAACCCUCAAAAAACUGGCAAAGGAAGCUGUUCCAUAAAAUGUCAAUUAACCUUUAAAAUACUCUCCUUGUGAAGGAAAAGCCAUUGCAAAUACUUAAACUUUCCGGGUUUCUAGUAAAUUUGCAUGGAAACUCUCUGUCAGGAUCCUUUUAAAUGUGCAGUGAGUUUUAUUAAGCCAUUUUAUUACACAAAGUAAUAAAAUCCAGCAGGUAUUCCAUUGAAGCGCUUGAUAAUUAUGUAAAAUAGGACUGCUUUUCAGCGCUUUGAUUUCAUUUCUCUGUAGCGUUAAUGCUUUCCUCUUUCUCUCAACCCCCAAUUUUCUAGAAUAUUUUGAGUUGCUUCUACAAUAUGGCUCAGAGCUUUUCUUGUAAAUGCAGACUAGGUUAAGAUUUUUUAAAUGGUGUGCAUAUAUGUGUAUAUAUAUAUUUGUUAUAUAUCUUAUUGACAAUGGAAAGAGUAAUGCUGAGCCACAAAAAGAUGAGGGACCGAAGAUUUUUUUUU